AUGGAUUCAAUAUCGUCUUUCCACUUCACAUCUAUCUAUCUAUCUAUCUAUAUCAAAAUUCUCACAAUAUACAUCGAUGACCGCUUUCUUUCUCACACUCUCUCUCUAUAUGUCUAUUUAUCUAUCCGAGACUGUUCAUAUCUAUCUAUCUAUCUAUCUAUCUAUCUAUCUGUCUGUCUGUCUGUUCAUAUCUAUCUAUCUAUCUAUCUAUCUAUCUAUCUAUCUAUCUAUCUAUCUAUCUAUCUCUGUUCCUCAUCUAUCUAUCUAUCUGUCUGUCUAUUCAUAUCAUAUCUAUCAUCUGUCUGUCUGUUCAUAUCUAUCUAUCUAGUCUCUCCUCAUAUCUAUCUAUCUAUCUAUCUAUCUAUCUAUGUCUGUUCAUAUCUAUCUAUCUAUAUAUAUAUCUAUCUAUCGCGGUCUGUUCAUAUUUAUCUCAGUCUCCUCAUAUCUCUCUGUCUAUCUCAUUCUGUUUACAUCUAUCUAUCUAUAUCUAUCUAUCUAUCUAUCUAUCUAUCUAUAUAUCUAUAUAUAUAUAUAUAUAUCAUUCUUUUAUAUUCUUUCAUAUCUAUCUAUCUAUCUCGGUCUGUUCAUAUCUAUGUCAGUCUCCUCAUAUCUAUCUAUCUCAUUCUGUUUCCAUCUAUCUAUCUAUCUAUCUAUCUAUCUGGGAUAGGCUGCGCCAGGUGUAGCUUCACCCAAUACCGCAAGUUGCUACAAAGCUAA